AUAACCGACUCCACCACUAUUGUCACAAUCAUGUAUCAAGUGUGCAUCACAAUCCCAACGUGGCCCGGCAGUCAGUUUUACAUCGGAUCAUUCAGUGUUAGUAAUAGUUUCGUCGCCAACAUGAAUUUUAUUUUUUAUUUCGUUUCAUCUGUAUUAGUGCUCGCGGUUUCAUUUAAAAUUUAUAUAAAAUUGUUUCUUACGAAAUAUUGUAAAAGUAAAGUAUGUUUAGUUGGAAAAACAGUUAUAAUUACAGGAGCAAAUUCAGAUGGUCAACUGCAUACUUCCGCUGCUUGUCACUAAACAUACCAGCACC